AUGCUUCGUACGUGCGCAACGCGGAUAAAACCAUUAGCUAAAAUUCAUUUUUCUGCAACCUGCUCUAUACCAAUCACGGCAACUACAACCACAACUAAGACACUACUACGAAAAAAAUGUACGCUAUUCGAAGCACGAAUUCCUGCAUCUUCGCGCUCUACGUUUGAUGUCAAUAGUACUACGAAUACUAUCAACACUACAAAGCGCACCUUUUUCUCCACGUCUCUAAAACGUCGUGCAGUGGCGGGAGUAACAGAGGAGAAAACACCUCCCCCGCCUCCACCACCAAAAAGUUCAAGAAAAGGUCCGCAUCCCCUUGCACUUUUGGCCGUGGCUUCGGUCGGAGUUUCUUUUUACCUCGUUCUGGUCAGGACUCGAGGUGGUCCUGGUUCAGGCAAAGGCACUCAAAGCGAAAAUCUUGUAAAGGACUUUGGAUUCAUUCAUCUCUCUGCGGGAGAUCUUCUUCGUAUUGAAAAAGAAAGACCGGGCUCCAAAUAUGGCGACUUAAUUGAUAGAUUAAUGAAGGCUGGAGAAAUUGUUCCAAUGGAAAUUACCAUUGCAUUGCUUGAACAAGCAAUGCGAGAAAGUGGUGGCAAACGUUUCUUAAUUGAUGGAUUCCCAAGAAAGAUGGAUCAAGCUAUGAAAUUUGAGGAAGACGUCGUUGAAGCACAUUCGAUACUUUAUUUCGAUUGUCCCGAGGAAGUUAUGCUUGAAAGACUACUAAAUCGCGGAAAGACCAGUGGUCGCGUGGACGACAACAUCGACAGCAUACGAAAACGAUUUAUCACGUUCAAACAACAAAGUUAUCCCGUCGUUGAGUAUUACCAGAGGCAAGGCAAGGUGCAUUCGAUCUCUUGUGUGGACUCACCGGAACUUGUCUAUCAAAAAGUAAAGAAAAUCUUCAAUGAGGAGUUUAAUGAGAAUAAAUAG